AUGGAAAUCAGAAUCAACCACAACCAAAAAAAGAUCGUAAACCUGUGUAAAUCUCUGUCUUUAAAACUCAAAUCAGAAUAUGUGAAUUCUGGCCCUGGUGGGCAUGAGAUAUUUGCCCUGAAGCAGUGGAAUUUGAUGGGCUUGGGGGAGGUGGCUGGAGAGGCUCCCCAGAGUGGAAAUCUGAUUGGCCAGCUCAUUCCUCUCUGGGCAGAACUUUCCAUGUUUGGCAACAUCAUAGCUGGCUUUGGCCAGAUGUCCACACCUAGUGCAACUGGGGGCCACCAGAAACUUCUGUCCCAGCCCCCUGCUGCCUCCUUCAAAACCCAAAUCACAGAGAGGCAGCCGUUCACGGAAGCUCGCAGCGUGGCCCCCUGCAGAUCCCCGUGGCGCACCCAGUCGGGGGCACAGUGCUGUGAUGGAAGGGGCUGUGCUCUUUCACAUCUGGGUGUUCAGUGCCCACCGCAGUCCCCAACCCCAACCCUUGAUGGAAUGAAUGUAGCAAUGACUAGUCGGUUACGACGUGCAGCUGCUUUGUGGUAUGACGGUGAGAAAAUGGGCUUGGUCAGCCUCCUGAGCUUGUGUUCUCACUGGUCAAUCCACCGGGUCACUGUUGCUGUGAAGCUUAAAGGCUAUGAUAUCUUUAAGAAGCUUCACGUAAGCAGUCGAUACCUGUGGCCUGAUGACAUAAAGAUGCCCAAUGUUUCUCCAGGGAGGGAGCAGAAGAUCAUCACCCAGCACCCCCCGCAACAGAAAUACCUCAAACCAGAGAAAUACCUCCGACCAACUCACAAAACCACUCGCCAUGCACCGUGGACUGCCAACCAGAGAGUAAGUCGGGCUGCUCAGAGUCCCACCUCAACAGCAGUUACCUGCCAGCUGAGCAACUGGUCAGAGUGGACAGAUUGCUUCCCAUGCCAGGACAAAAAGUACCGAUACCGGAGCCUCCUGCAGCCAAACAAGUAUGGGGGAACCAUCUGCAGCGGCGAUGUCUGGGAUGAAGCCAGCUGUCACAGUCCCACCUCCUGUCUAAGGCAACCACAGUGUGGACAGGAUUUCCAGUGUAAGGAGACAGGUCGCUGCCUGAAACGCCACCUCGUGUGUAAUGGAGACAGGGACUGCCUUGAUGGCUCUGAUGAGGAUGACUGUGAAGACGUCAGGGCCAUUGAAGACGACUGCAGCCAAUACGACCCCAUUCCAGGAUCGGAGCAGGCGGCCUUGGGGUAUAAUAUCCUGACCCAGGAAGAAAGUCAGAGUGUGUACGACGCCAGGUACUAUGGGGGCCAGUGCGAGACGGUAUACAACGGAGAAUGGAGGGAGCUGCGAUACGACCCCACCUGUGAACGUCUAUACUAUGGAGAGGAUGAGAAGUAUUUCCGGAAACCCUACAACUUCCUGAAGUACCAUUUUGAAGCCCUGGCGGAUACUAGAAUCUCCUCAGAGUUGUAUGAUAAUGCAAAUGACCUUCUUUCUAAAGUGAAAAAUGACAGGUCUGUGUCAACUGGAGUGACUGUUGGCCUAGGCCUCCCAGACACGCCUGUAACAGUGGAUGUGGGCGUAUCUGAGUCACAAGUCUCUUCGUUCUUGGAUAAGUUAAGCAAGUAUAAUAAGAAGAAAUAUAGCUUCAUCAGAAUUUUCACAAAGGUGCAGACUGCUCAUUUUAAGAUGAGGAGGGACAAUAUCAUGCUGGAUGAAGGAAUGCUGCAGUCAUUAAUGGAGCUUCCGGAGCAGUACAAUUACGGCGUGUAUGCCAAGUUCAUCAAUGACUAUGGCACUCAUUACAUAACGUCUGGAUCAAUGGGUGGCGUUUUUGAAUAUAUCCUGGUGGUUGACAACGAAAAAAUGGGAUCAAUUGGUGUUACCAGCGAAGAUAUCAAGACCUGCUUUGGAGUCGCUAUAGGCAUCAGCUAUGACUAUACAAAUAGCACACCAAUUGGAAUAGGUUUAUCAGAAGGACGGUGUAAAAAAUUUGGAGACGGCAAAACUGAAAGAAGCAGGAAGACCAUGGCGGUGGAAGACGUCAUUUCUCGGGUGCGAGGUGGCAGUUCUGGCUGGAGUGGUGGCUUGACACAAAGCGAGAGCAUCAUUACAUACCGUUUCUGGGGGAGGUCAUUAAAGUAUAAUCCUGUUGUUAUUGAUUUUGAGAUGCAGCCCAUCCAUGAGGUGUUGCGACACACGAACCUGGGGCCCCUGGAGGCUAAACGCCAGAACCUGCAGCAGGCCUUGGACCAGUACCUGAUGGAAUUCAACGCCUGCCGCUGCGGGCCCUGCUUCAACAAUGGGGAGCCCAUCCUCGAGGGCACCAGCUGCCGGUGUCAGUGCCCCCUGGGUCACCAAGGCCUUGCCUGUGAACAAAUGGAGCAGGAGGGAGCCAAGGCGAAUGGGCACUGGAGCUGCUGGAGCUCCUGGUCUGCUUGCAGAGCAGGCACCCGGGAAAGGCGGAGAGAGUGCAAUAAUCCCGCACCCCAGAACGGGGGCACCUCGUGUCCGGGGCGGAAAGUGCAGACCAGGGCUUGCUGA